AAAUAGUUAGUUCAUUAAUGUUAGGAGAAAUAUAUACAGAUUACUCAUAUUUACUACUAGAGAAUAGAUAAAUGUAAUUAGUCAUUAAAUAACACACUUUAAUUCUUUCUAGUUGUGAUUCAGAAACUUGUAAUUUUUCACUCCGAAGAUUUAAAUGUUCAAUUAACUAAUUAAUUAAUGUUUCAUAAGACUGACUCGCAAUUAUAUAUCUAAUUCCAUGGCCUGACUUAUCCAAGGAUAGAGUUGGACAAUGAUUAUCUGUGUAGACACAAAAGGGUGAUGGGGUGCCUUAUUGUUCUAUAAACUAAUUUUUAACCAGACUAUUACCUGAUAAGGCCUUACUUAUACUACCAUAAAGAAUGCGGUUCAACGAUAAGGACAUGGCCGUCGUGUCGCAGAGGAAGGCGCAGAUCGAGGGCAGGUUGCAAUACAGGUCGCCGCCUGGAACUUUUAGGGAUGCGGCUUUCAGAGAAAGAUAUUUCAAAUUGAUCAAUAAUCUCCUAUUUUACUUUAGAUUUAAUGAGUUUGGUCAAAUUGAGGAGAAGGAGCCGGUUGGUGUUAUUAUCUUGGAAAAUUAUUCAAUUCGGAUAGAAACUGAGUCGGAUUUAUCCUUUGCGUUCGGAAUUUUAUUUUUAGACGAGCCCGAUAAGCGUCACAUCUUUACGACAAGGUCGGAGGAGGACGUUAAUCGAUGGGUAAACACGUUACGGCAGGCGAGUUAUCAACAUUGGAAGAACCGAUUGGCAGCUAUGCAGUCGAAUAUUAAGGCUUUAAAGGAAGCGCGUGACUCUAUCGUACAAGAUAAAUCCAAUCCACAUCAACGAAAUUUUCUAAACGAUGUAAGUCUCCUCGAUCUCGGAACUCGGAGGACAUCGCCGUCGCCGGGUGGACAGCGUCGCAAUCCUUUCCUUCCCUCAGGCGCUGUCCCCACUCCACUCGCGUCUGUACGACUCGAAGGUUCACCGUCGCCCAAGGUUCCUCCUAGAACCAAUUCCCCCACUGUCAAGAGGACGAAAAGUGCUCAGAAUCAUAAUAAUAACAACGAAGCCCCGAGCUGCAAUGGAGCAACAAGUAGGGAUCUCAUCGAUUUUUGAUGGUUAUUUCCGAGCCAAGCCUUGAUAACAUUUAUUAGUUCUUGUUUAUCCUGAAUUUGAGUACAGUUGAUAUUUUGAUCCAGGAUUUUUGACAUUGUAUUGUAAUUAUGGAGUUUUACUUUUUUCUUACUAGAAAAACUGCACUGUUUUGUACAAAUUCCUGAUAUUUUGCUAGGCGGAUAAGUUCACUUAAUUUUUUUUUGUUGCUUGUGGUAGAUUUUGUAACGAAAUGGAAGUUAAAAUUUCGUGAGGAACGUGCAUUUUAUGUUUAUUUUUUUAAUUAAUGUGGACAAAAUGACAAUUAAUGCAUUUAUUUUGAAACUUUAAUUAAUUAGAACUUCUAAUUUAGAAGUACUGAAAUAUACAAUUAUUUUGUAGUUAAUUUAAUUGUAUACAACAUACCUUGUAAUUUUUCAUGCACCAAUCCCACCCAUUUUAUUUCUUUAGUCUAUUGAUAAAAAAUCAUAUACGCACAUAUAUAUGACCAUCCCUAUGGUUUAGAAAAAUUAUGGCAUAGGUCUGUGAUUAAGUGUGAUUCAGUAAUAACCAAAUUCUCUGUAAAGGUAUUCAGUCCGACAUUUAACCAGAGAAUUCGGCGAGUUUUGCGUCCACAAGUUUGCAAAGAUUUGAAAAAUCAAGUUACGUAAGCUUGUAUAAAUCAAGAACGUCUCUUUUUAAUGUUAAUCAGAUUAGAUUUGCAUUAAUGGUGUCGGUCAAGCGUCAGUGUACUAAGGGAACGCUCAUAAAAUAUGCAACGCAAGAUUGGCGAUGUUUCUACCCCUCCCUAUCCCCUCGUAACGGGUUAUAUUCCCUUUUUUAAAAUAUGGCGCAAGUUAACAUGUUUAGUAAAAGCGAUCCUUCCGCUACGUAUUUUUUGAAAGUUGCCUAAUACAUGUAAAAAUGUGGCUUAAUUUUAUUAAACAUCCACAUUUUACUGGGCUAUGUAGACCCGUACGAAGUUCCUUGAGUUACCAAAACCUUGUAAACUGUGUAAAAGUUUUGAAAGAUAACUUUACAAACCGAUGCGAAAUUAAGAUUUAUAUAAAUGACGGUUUGCUGCCAGAAAUGGUUUCACGUAGGAUUAGGUGACUCAUCGUCACAG